UCUGAUUUCAUUUCUAGGGAAAAAUUAGAUUUCAAAAUGGUGAGGAAGAAGAUUCAGAAGAGAAAAGCUGAUAAAGAACAGAUUUGUAAGUUUAGAAGGGGGAAAUUGAGAUGCAAGAAUGUUAGUGGUGAUAAUAAAAGGCAAUUUUGUGAAAAACAUUACAAAAUUUUUACUGAUUUUCUAGCAGAGAAUCCUUCUUGUGUUACUUACAAAUGGGCUGAAUUUCUACCCCAGAAGCAGAAGAUGGAGUUUGAGAAGAAGAUGAAGGAGAUUGAGGAAGAGAAGAAGAAGAAGAAGAAGCUGAAUCUGAAUCUUCCUUCAGAUGAACACCGUUGUUGUCUUAACAAUGGAAUGGGAUGGAGAUGUAAGAAUUUUAGGUUUGGCCAUGGACCUAAUGGUGCUGAUUCUCAUGAUGCUAGUAUCCCUAACACUAAAUUUUGUGAAAAACAUUAUAAUAGUUUCAAGAAGAAAAAUAAUGGAUCUGGUGCAGGUUCUAGUAGUGCUACUGCUAGAGAAACUAGGGCUUCCAGACGGAGAAAGACCGUAUCAUCGGAGGAGGAAUAUGAAACAGAAACGGAAACUCAAGAAGAUACUAGUGAUGAUAACUGUGAUGCAAUUGUAGAAGCUGACCGGUCCUUGGAUGAAACUCAACAAGAUACUAGUGAUGAUAAUUUUGAUGCAAUUGAAGAAGGUGGUUCUGCUGAGACGGAGGGGGGAGACAUUGAAACAAUUGAAGGGUCUGGAGAACUAGAGUCAUUGAGAAUAACUAGGGAACCUCUGGUUGAAGUAGAAAGUCUUGAGCAGUAUAAGAGUAUGUGUUUGCAAUUGUCUGUGGAGCUUGAGAAGAAGAAAGUGGAAUGCACCACACUCCAGGGAAAAUUAGUGGAGGUGGAGACUAGAAAGACUGCUGCUGCAGAUGAGACUGAACCGACACCUGCAGAUGAAACUAAAUGUUGGAAGAAGAUGUUUUCUGAUUUGGAGAGUCGGGUCCUGAGAAUAGAAAAUGUAAAUCCAACAAUUGCAAAUAUAAAAUCGCAACUUAGAAAAUCGUCUGUGGGAUGUUUAGAGUCUCGCGUUUUGAAGUUGGAGGACUUAGUCCUGAGAAUGGAAGAUAAAAUUUCAACAAUGGGAUGUUCAGAGUCUCGCAUUUCUAAGUUGGAGGGAUUAGUCCUGAGAAUGGAAGAUAAGAUUUCAACAAUGGGAUGUUCAGAGUCUCGCAUUUCGAAGUUGGAGAGCCUGGUCUUGAGGACGGAAAAUGAAACUAGCCAAAUCCCGAGGAGUGGAAAGGAAAGUUCGUUGUCGAGAUGUGUAGAAUUGCAUAAAAUGAAAGCGCCUCCAGGUUUCAAAUAUAAGGCUACUCAAAGUGGUGAAAAGCAAAGGGAUAAAGACAACAGUAGCAAUUUUAAUGCUGAAAUCAGCAGUGGAGGGAGGAAGGAUUCUGAAGUGUAUGAAUUCAAAACACAAGAGAAGGUGGUUGUGUAUAACAGGAACAAGCAUCAUGCAGUUAAGUCUGAAUUUCCCAAAUACUCUGCUAUGAACAUUUCCCCUGCAAGUCUACAUUUAUCAAGUAUUGGUAAAAACAUUAAAGAAGAAAAAGGUUGGGGCUGUUUGGAAGGGAUACCAUCUCAACAUGGUCUCAGACUCAGAUGACGGUGGUGAUGGUCUUGGCGAAUCUGAAGAUUCUGAUGCUGACCCUAUGGAUAUGAUGACGCUGGAAAAUUGGAAUGGGAGCAAAGACGAAAUGAACUGGAAAUCUGAGGCUGAUAUGCUUUCUUCAUUUGAAGAGGUUCCUGAGCUGUGUAUGAAAGCUAUUUGUGCUCUCUAUCGGCAGGAAAUAUCGGAAGAAGAAAUCUCACCCAAGGGGUUGUUAUUUCACAGUGACACUCUCAGGUAUGUUAGGAAUUCUGUACGCUUUUCCUAAUUUCCAAUUCCAUAAUACUUUAAAACUGCAUGAAAUUACUGUUUUUGCAGUUACAGUACAUGUAAGCUUGUCGGGUUACAUUUAUAUACUGUCUUUGUUCAAUUGCUCAAUCUACUGCAUGGACUCUUUUCAUAUUCUACUGCCAUAUCAUCUGAUCUCAAUGAUGGAUUUCCUUUGUUUAUCUGGCUUUACCAUAGAAAAGUAUGCUCCCACUCCGGCGGUACUUCGAGCAUUAUUACUUGUAUGUCACGAGACUCGCAAAGUUUGUAGAAUUAUCUUUAUUCUUAGGAAUCAAAAUAUGUCAGUGGGGAUGAUAAUAUCUCUACUGCAAAUUUGUAGUUGUAAAUUCUCAAUGUGAAAUUUCUGUAUCUGCACUGACUGUGGAAUUUGUAUAUCAAUUAUUAUCAACAGAGUUCGGUGGAACAGGAAAGUUUAGAGUUCGACUUUUCCAUGAUUGUCAGAUAAAAGAUCUGCUGCCUUCCCUAGAUUCGGUAUCUGUAGUUGUCAUGUAAACGGCGGGAGCAAGCUAUUUUCUUGCUCGUGGCUGCAUUUGCACAGGGCAGGAAAUCCAGCCAGCAAAAAUGUUUAUUGUUUCCAGUUAUUUCCAAGUACAAAAUGGAAAUGAGGACAAUUAACAGUAGUAUGUUUUCUUGGUUUUCAGUUUUCAUACAAGUCUGGCCUAGAUUGAUAUUUUCUCUUAACAGGUGUACAUCUUUGGCCAAGUUUCUGACGGAUGAGGACUGCAAUGGUGACCUAAAGAAGACUGUGCAAGAGUUGGAUACAUUAGAUUCUAAAGCAGUUGAAGACUGCAAGAGGCUGGCUAAAAGAUACUCAGUGCAUUUGUUUGAUAUCUACCAAAACAGAAAAGACCCUUUUUUCCUUCCAGCUACAUCUGCCAGCCAUGGAGACCAAACUGCUUAACUGAUAAAUUGCAGUGUAAGUGGCCUUAAUUUUUUGCACUAGAGAUUGCAAUCUUGCAUCUUCAUUUAACCUCCUCUAAUUUUGCAUACACAUGAAGUGGAAAACUGGUUAAUAUUCCAAAGAGCACAUUAGAUGUGUAUCGACUCUCCAAUGUGGUAAGUGAUAUUAUGGUAGUUACACUUAAGGUUGUUUUAAUAAGUUUACAUGGAUAAAAAACAACCUGUUUAGCUCAUGGAACUAAUAAUGUUCUGCGUAAAAUCUAAUUAUUAUAUUAAAGCUAGAUUACCUCGA